AUGGCACCUCUCAGACUCCGAGUCGAAGGAAACGUUUUCCGUGAUUCUCAUAACCGAGAAGUCAUCCUAAGAGGAAUAAAUCUGGAUGCAACAGCGAAAUAUCCCAGAAUUCCCAAUGUUCCGUCACACGAGGUCAACGGAUUCUUCGACGCCGACGAUAUCUCCUUUGUAAAUAGGCCGUUUACUCUUGAAGACUCGCACACACAUUUCUCUAGGCUAAAGAAAUGGGGGUACAAUCACAUCCGGUAUGUGUUUACAUGGGAAGCAGUCGAGCACGCCGGACCAGGCCAGUACGACGAGGAGUGGAUUACGUUCACCAUCGAACUACUAAGGAUUGCAGGAUCGUAUGGUUUCUAUGUAUAUAUGGAUCCACAUCAGGAUGUGUGGUCCCGUUUCUCAGGUGGUUCUGGAGCACCAUUAUGGACACUUUACGCCGCCGGGCUCAAUCCACGGAAUUUCCCUGAUACGCAAGCUGCCUUAGUCCAAAAUACGUAUCCGGAUCCUGCAGCGUUCCCAAAGAUGAUCUGGAGUACCAAUUAUACUAGACUUGUUUGCCAAACGAUGUUUACUCUGUUCUGGGCUGGGAAGGACUUUGCUCCAAAGGCAAUAAUUAAUGGGAUGAACAUUCAAGACUAUCUUCAAAACCAUUUUAUUGCUGCCUGCAAGCAUCUGGCGGUCAGAAUCCACGAGACGGGGGACUUGGAAGAUGACGUAGUGAUUGGAUGGGAGAAUGUUAAUGAGCCUCAUAGGGGUAUGAUCGGAAUACCGGAUAUUUCUGUCAUUCCAGCCGAUCAACAGUUACAACUUGGGACGUCUCCCACUGCAUUUCAAGGAAUGAUGACAGGCGCGGGAUUUCCUUGUGAAGUGACUCAAUGGGAGUUUGGCACAUUCGGACCACAUCAAACAGGCAGAACGUUAGUUGAUCCAGAAGGCAAAUCAGUCUGGUUGAAAGUCGACCGUGCCGAUCAGUAUGGAUGGAAAAGAGAUCCGCAGUGGAAACUCGGGGAAUGUAUUUGGGCGCAACAUGGAGUUUGGGACCCUACUACGCUUACUCUUUUAAGGAGUAAUCACUUUGGCACCCACCCCAGAACUGGCGAGGCCCUCGAUUAUGAAGGUUUCAUCAAUACAUACUUUCUAGAGCAUUAUCGAAAGUAUCGUGAUGCUCUACGAAGUGUUCAUAAAGAUACAAUUAUGUUCUGUCAGCCACCGGUCCUGGAAAUCCCACCUUCCAUCAAGGGAACUGUGGAUGACGACCCCAACAUGGUCCAUGCUGUCCAUUUUUAUGAUGGACUUACCCUGAUGUCAAAACACUGGAACAGAUAUUAUAACGUUGAUGUAGUGGGUAUAUUGCGUGGAAAGUACUGGAUUCCGGCCUUUGGACUUAAAAUUGGUGAAACUGCUAUUCGAAGUUCCUUUCGCGACCAACUGCAUUACCUCCGCGAAGAAAGCUAUAAAAAUAUGGGCAAUCACCCGCUUUUGCUGACCGAAACAGGCAUCCCUUAUGACAUGGAUGACAAGUAUGCGUACAAGACCGGAGAUUAUUCUAGCCAAAUAAGUGCCAUGGAUGCAAACCAUUUUGGUAUCGAGGGCUGUGGGGGGAAUGGGUACAGUCUCUGGACUUAUGCUAGUGAGAAUUCACAUAAGUGGGGAGACAACUGGAACGGCGAGGAUCUUUCAAUCUACUCCCCGGACGAUUUGGAACUGCCAAUCGCGAAAUCCCUAGACUCCGGUAUGACUACGUUGGACCCUUCCUCUCCAUCAUUUUCGCAGAGCAGAGCCGACUCACAAGCUAUUCGGGUUGAACCGAGUAAUUUGAAAGCAGCUCUUCCUGCUGCCUCGAUUACCACGAAGCCCCAGCUAAAAGAAGGUGGAGAACACCGGGGCUUUCGUGCUAUUGAAGCAUUUGUACGUCCUGGCCCAGAAGCCGUUCAUGGUCGUAUAACGAAACAUGGCUUUGACCUUCAGAACUGCACCUUUACUCUAUCUUUGACUGCCGACUCGCCUACCGCCUCCGGUGCACCGACUCUCAUCUUCCUUCCGGAAUUGCACUUCCCAAAGGACAAGUCGACUGUCACUGUAAGUGGAGGGAAAUGGGAGAUUUUCUCUCUGGAGUUCCAGCACGGAAGCAUUCAAUUCUUGAAAUGGUGGCACGCCGAGGGAGACCAGACCAUACAAAUCCACGGUGUCAAACGAGAGCUCUCCGCCAUCGUCAGUCCACAUGACGACGAGGGGUACAUUGAGCAGUGCAAGCAACAUUCAUGCAUUGUAAUGUAA